AUGGACACAGUUAUCGAGCAACAACGCAGACUUCACGAAGAGCGCGAACGUGUUUGUGACACAAUGGUUAGAGAAUGGCUUCAUGACAAAAAGACGAACAAAGAAAAGAUCAAUUCUGAACAUCGAAUGAAGCUCCUGCUUGAUCGUUAUGUCGAGGCAACGAGUUCGUUAAAGGUACUUUAUGAAGAUAGGGACGGUUCACGAAAAGACGAAAUUCGAGCACUUAGUGGCCCAAAUGAAUUCGCUGAAUUCUACACCCGUCUGAAGAACUUGAAAGACUUUCACCGAAAUCAUCCUAAUGAAAUCGCAAUUCCACUUUCGAUUGAGUUUCAGGAGAUGAACGAAGCGAUCGAAGAUCCAAAUCGUAUCGAGACCGAUUUGGUGGAAUUCACUGACGAAGAAGGUUAUGGUCGCUACUUGGACCUCCACGAAUGCUUUGAGAAGUACAUUAAUCUGAAAGGUGUCGAGAGAGUGGAUUACAUAACGUAUUUGGGAAUUUUCGAACAUUUGUACGAAAUACCAAGAGAACACAAAACGGCUGAUUAUAAGAAGUAUGUGGAAACGCUGCUGGAAUAUCUAGCGGAUAUUUUGUCACGAGUUAAGCCUUUGAUGGAUCUCAAUGAGGAACUAUCGAACGCGAUUCAAAAUUUCCAGAAAAAAUGGGAAGACGGCACGUUUCCUGGUUGGCCGAAAGAGUCUUCAAGCGCGAUGUCGCACACCGGAGCCUACUUGGAUUUGACACCGUUCACCAGCGCAGACGAAUUGAUGUCGUUGGGUUUGGACCGUCUGAAGUCUGCGCUGUUGUUCCUCGGACUGAAAUGUGGAGGGCUAUUUGAAACGAAGGGGAAGCGAAAAGAAGAUCUGGACCAAUCGCUGUUCUCGAAAUCGUCGAAAACAGCUAUGAAAGACAAGUGGCACUCAGAAAAGUCAAAGGAGGUAGCGAUGAUCGAAGCGCAAGUUUACCAUCUGGCUGAAUUGGUUUCGGAUAUGAGAACUGCCACGAAGGAAAACGUUGAGCGCAAGCAAGCGCGUUCAUACGGCGAGGACGAUGAAGAUGAAGAAAUACCAGCCGCACCUUCGGAAGAUGAGGACGAAGACGAAAUUCCAUAUAAUCCGAAAAAUUUACCCCUUGGUUGGGAUGGCAAGCCUAUACCUUACUGGCUGUAUAAACUGCAUGGGCUGAACAUAAGUUUCCCAUGCGAAAUUUGCGGAAACCAAAUUUACAAGGGUCCCAAGGCGUUCCAGCGGCAUUUUUCGGAGUGGAGACACGCCCAUGGAAUGCGUUGCUUGGGUAUUCCUAACACGGCUCAUUUCGCAAACAUUACACAAAUCGCGGAUGCCCUUGAACUGUGGGCGAAGCUACGUGAACAGAAGGAUCAAGAACGGUUCAAGCCUGAGGUGGACGAAGAAUAUGAAGAUACCCAGGGCAACGUCGUGAAUAAGAAGACCUACGAGGACUUAAGGCGACAAGGAUUGCUAUGA